AAUUUCCCCCUCGCAAUCUCAACUCUCUAUCGAUAUAAAACUCCAAAAACACCGCCAAAACCCCUCUUCCAUCUCUCCUGGCUCUCUCUCUCUCUCUCCUUCGUCUGCAAUUAGAGCAAGGUUUUGAUCAUUUCAAGGAGACCACACGAUAUACCGGUAGCAAUGGCGGUAACCUUGUACUCUCCUAGCUCGGCUGCUGGCCUUAAGAAGCUCGAUGAGUACCUCCUCACUCGGAGUUAUAUCUCUGGAUACCAAGCAUCCAAGGAUGAUAUUACUGUUUACUCAGCCAUCCCGUCGGUGCCAUCGGAUGAGUAUGUAAAUGUUUGUAGGUGGUACAAGCACAUCGAUGCCCUCAUUAGGAUGUGUGGUGUCUCCACAGAGGGCCAGGGUGUGAAAAUUGAAGGUUCUGCUCCUGCAGAGGCCCCGUUAUCUCCUGCUGUUGCUGAUAAGGCUGCAGCUCCUGCGGAUGACGAUGAUGAUGAUGAUGAUGUUGAUCUCUUUGGUGAAGAGACAGAAGAGGAAAAGAAGGCAGCUGAAGCACGUGCAGCAGCUGUCAAAGCUACAGGGAAAAAGAAAGAAUCUGGAAAAUCUUCAGUUCUAUUGGAUAUUAAGCCAUGGGAUGAUGAAACUGACAUGAAAAAGCUUGAAGAAACAGUUAGGAGCAUUCAGAUGGAGGGUUUGCUUUGGGGAGCUUCCAAGCUUGUUCCUGUUGGUUAUGGCAUCAAAAAGUUACAGAUUAUGAUGACCAUUGUGGAUGACCUUGUGUCCGUGGACACCCUGAUUGAGGAGCAUCUCACUGUUGAGCCAGCAAAUGAGUACAUCCAGAGCUGUGAUAUCGUAGCGUUCAACAAAAUCUAGAUUUUUUUCCUCGUCUAUGGUUGGUUUGG